AUGUCUCUCAAUCUAUUCAAAUUCAAGAAGCCCUCCGGAGCGAAAGGUAAAACCAUCAAGAAAGCGGAGCCUACCAAUGGAGGCCGGACAAGCAAAGAUAUGCGAGCUGAAGACAGUGCACGGGUCGAAAGCGCGAUAGAUCUUCUCUCCAUCGCUGAUUGGCUCAAGGAGAAUGCCGUGAAGGGUCCGCAGCCUGCUGCAAAGAAAGAGGAGGCCGGCUUGUGGGAAUUGAAAGGGCCUCGCCGGGCGACGAUUGUUCCUAGAAGAACCAACCAACUUAACGCUGUCAGUGCAACAGGUUCCAAGGGGGAGAGGGAUUCAAAAGAAACAGAGACAAAGCCAGCUGUCGAAAGCAACGACGCCGAAGAGCCAGAACGGCCGAUGUUCGAUCUUCUCAUCGGGCACCAAGACACCUCUUCGCAGUAUUUCACCCGAACAUACUUCCGGGUGGCGGCAUCUUCAGUGCCAGACAUUGAUCCAGCAUUGCACAGCAGUGAUUUGCUCCAUGAAUUGCCAGAGCUCAACCCCAACGCCUUCCGACUAUAUCAAAUCUGGCUGCACACUGGCGCAAUACUGCCGGGAUAUCAUGGCGCUUAUGUUCCAUUGCAUAAGAGUACUUCCAAUCACAAGUGGCAGCUUUUCUGGCCUUUGCUCAAUGCACAUAUCUUGGGCUGCGCGAUCGGUGCGUUCGACUUUGCGGAUCAGGUGAUUGACUUCCUCCUAGAAAAGCUGGGAACAACUCAAGCAGACGAUGAAACAAUCAAGCAUCUUUUUUCUGCAGAUCACAAGGAUGUUUCAAAAUCGCUGAAGUGUUUCGUCAUCGACCAGUGUAUAAAUGCAAAUGUUGCUGGGUCCACCGAGCUGGAUCUCUUAGGCCUACCACACGCCUUUGCCCAGCUCAUGGCCAAGAGAGCUCUUUUACGUCUCUCUAGGCAGACACCAAAAGCUAUCGAAGCUGGUUGCGAAUACCACAUGCACCCGGUCCCAGAUGCGUGCUACAAGAAGAAAAUUCUGCCCAAAGACACCAGGAAGCAGCAAUGGCUGGAGGUUGAGCUUGAGAAAUCGCGCAAAGACUAUGAGGAAGUCAUGAAGAGCUCGAAAGCAAAUGGAAUCCGGACUGUAGAUUGGGAACAUCAGAGAGCGGGAGUGAACCGAGUGUCGACGAUGCAGGCUGGUGGACCUGGCGUGCCACCGACUACUCAGAUGCAAGCGAAUCGGUUGUCAGAUCCGCUGACUGAUGCCUUCUUUGGCACGACCCAGCCCCUGGGUGCCAUUGAUGACGUUUUGACCAAGGUACCGGCACCGACACACAAAGCACCAUCGCCGCCGCCUUCUGCACCGACUGAGCUGCCAGCUUCCAUCACACACAGCUCCGACACCAUGAAGGCAGCACCCAAGGGUAAAGCUACGGCUACUGAACUCGAUGCUGCCGUGUUCAAGCCCGUCACUUCUACUGGCAACAACUCUCCCGUUUCCAGUACGCAUAGCACACAGUCCAACGCUGAUGUAGAGCUGCGACAGAAUCUGGAGAUGGCACUUGAGUUCGAGAAACAGAAUAGAUGUCCGGGAACAUUUCCGGUGUCGAGGAAUGGGAGCACGAAAAGCAUUGCUACUUAA